CAGCCGCAGUGAGGUCUAGGGCGGGACCCCACGCGCGCAGAGGGCUUGAUGAAUUCUCUCCUCGACCAAUCCCAUCGUGGCAUGCAAACCCAAACUCCAGCCACGCCCACAAGCCUUCCGCAAUCUCCGGGGUCCUACGUAAUCGUAGUCUCUCUAGCUGUUCGAUCUCCCUAUCUCCAUCCCAUGCUACUACAUACCCUGUGACACUCCUAUCCCCAGAAAUGAUGAUGUAUCCAGAGUCUUCGGAAGCAGUGCUUCGGAAGCAGUGGUCAGAGAGAGUUGUCUGGGUAUGAGGCAGCCCUGCCCAUCAUAGAGAAGUCAAACCCACUGACCCGGGAUCUGGACAAAGCAGAUGCCGAGCAGAUUGUUCGAUUGCUGGGGCAACGUGAUGCUGAGAUCUUCCAGGAGGAGGGACAAAUCAGGCCCACAUGCCAGUGAGUCACCUCUGACCACCAUGGUAUAAGCGGCUGGAAAAGUCCAGGAAGUGCCAAAGGAGCCUGAGGGGGGCGCUGGUGGGGCUGAGUGGAGGGAUACCUCUGGCAGGAUGGCAUUCCUCUUGUCGGUGAGUACCUUGAUCGCCGGUUUUGCUCUCCGCCUUCUUGGAGUGAACCUCAGGACCAUAAAGCUCUUCAUAGCUAAGCUCCUAGGUGGACCGCCUCCAGCUCCGGCUCUCUUUCUUCUCCAAAAGCUAGAUCUCAACAUGGAGUCCCAUUUCUUCUGAGCCCAUCUGAGCCCCACCAGUCUAUUGCCAAUGUCUGUACAUCCCACACACCCCUAAUCCAUCAUCUCCAAGCAGCAUAUUUAAGAGUCAGAUUCCAAGCAGUGCUGGCUUAAGCACUGACCUAAGAGAAUCAUUAUACAGCCUCUACCCUCAAGGUGUUGAAAAUCCAAGAUAAUUGUUCCUUCCCUGUCAUUACUACUCCAUGUUCUCUCCGACUUGGCAGGUCUCCUUUAACCAGCUGAUGAAAGGUCUAGGACAGAAACCUCUUUACACCUACCUCGUUGCAGGAGGUGACAGGUAAGCCAGGCUGGCCUAUGAAUAUUUUGUUUGGCCUAACUAGUGUCUUUUAGAAACUGAAUUUGAAUGCUUUCAGGUGGAGAUGGUGUCCAGUUUGCUCUCCACUUGACGUACGUAUGUUGCCUGACUAGCCCUCAUAGGCAUUGAAGUUUUUCAACCCUACAGAGUGUUUAUCAUGGUGCCCAACAAAUAGUAGGUGCCCAUUCAGUGACAGUUUUCUCUUCAUUUCCUUCUCUCAAAGCAGCCCUAAUAAACCAUAGGUUUCUGCUUCCCAAGCAGUGCCACUGACCUUGACUCUGUCCUCUUAGGUCUGUGAUGGCCUCUAGGGAGGGGAUGGAAGAUAGUGCCCUGGAUGGGAUCGAGGAACUGAAGAAGUCUGUGUUUUCCACUGACACUCAACCAUAGACCUCUGUCUGUUCCUUCUCGUGGGGACAUCAAAGCCCCAGCAUCCAGCCAAAGCCCAUCCCCUGCCUCCUCCGUGCCCCCCCAACUCCCUUCCAGCCACCCCCCACCUCAUCCUGGCCCUGACAUCCCCACACAAUAUGUUUAUACCCUAGAAUCCUCUUGGUGGCACCACCUCACCCAUCCUCCUCUCCUAGGUGGCUGCUGGGAAGAAGAGGGUGAUUGUCAUCGGCAUUUCAGCGGGACUCUCUGCUCCCUCUGUGGCAGCCCAGAUGGACUACUGCAUGGAUAACCCAGCGGUCUUUUUGCCAGUCCUGAUUGGUUUCAACCCAGUGAGCAUGGCCAGAAAGAAUUGAAGGCAGCUUAUAAAGGUUACAUAAAAUAUAAGAAAGCAUACAUUUAAAAUGGAAUGAAGAGGCAAGGAAAACGUGGGUCAGAGGAUAGAAUGGGCUCAAGAAAAUGCAUACCACAAAGAUCUGUGCUUUCAUCUGAGAAAUGACCCCAUUGAAGACUGGAGUUCGACAUUUCGACAAAUAGCAGAGCAGAUGCAGAAACUGCCGGAGAAAACGGAAAGCUUUUGUGCUCAAUCCUGCAACUGGGUUUCUCCUGGGUGUCAUCACUCUGCAGCUUGAGGGCCUCAGUGGCUCCUCCCAGAUGAAGGGUGGAAGUGCCACCAAGAUCCUGCUGGAAACCCUGUUACUGGCAGCUCACAAGACUGCGGACCGGAGCAUCGCAGCAUCUCCGAGGUAGGGAGGAUCUGGACCAGAGAGAGAUCAGAGUCAGGCAGUGGGUGGGAGGGUGCAGGCAGGGGAAUGGCAGAUCCAGAUCUGGAGGGUACGCUGGUAGCAGCAAGACUGCAGCCCUGCCGUUCCUUCCCUGGGAAAGGAACUGGCCGGGGGAUGCCACUGUUCCCAUCACACAGUCACAAAGUCUGGCUUGUUUCCAAUGGACCCUGGGUUCCUCAGGUCCAGACCUGAUCCCUGUGCACACCUGGGACAUCCAAAGCUAACCUAGCUUCCUAGAGUCUUUGAUGUGGGGAUGGUCCAGGCCAUGCAGGGUAGAGGUCAUCCUGCUGUGGGCCUGCCUCCCUCACCAGGGUCUCUCGCCUAGCUUCCACGUCGCUCACUUACCGCCUCGUCAACUCUCUGAUCCCACCCUCCUCCCAGUGCUCUGGAUGCCCUAUUCUUCUCUCUGCUCUUUAGUCUUCUUCCCGCUGAAGCCCACUUUGCCCCUGUUGAAUGCAGUCUGGCUCUGCUUAUCGCUCCCCCACGAGGGACCAGCAGAACUUAGUUUCAAGGGAAUUGCACCUUCCCCAGGGUGGGAGGGACUCAGGCUUUCUGAGGGGGCACUGGGCCUGCCCUGGGAGCUGGUGGACUUUCUCCCAGAUGCCUUCUGGAAAUCCUGCGGACAUUUGAGUGGGCUCAUCAGGUGACCUAGAGUCAAAGCCCCAAGAUCACCACCCUGAUGAAGCAAGUCAGCACCAGGUGUGUAGAUGUGUAUUUGGAGGGGGGAAGCGGCCUGGAUGGGGAAUGUCAUGAGAGCAGGGGAGACUCUACGAGACAUGAUAACAUGGGGAGGGUAGCGGGUCUGCGUGUUGGAGGGUCAGGGUAGGCUUUUGGUUCGUUUACUCCUGUGUUCUUCUGCGUGUGUCUUUCUCUGAUCUCUGGAUUUUCUUCACUGUGAUCUCUCAUGUCCUGACCUCUGACCCAUUCUCAGCCUGGAGAAAAAAGGCUGAGUAUACCUGGUUGGCUGGCAGACCCUGGGCAUCAUUGCCAUCAUGGAUGGAGUAGAGUGCAUCCACACCUUUGGUGCUGGUGGGACCCCGGUGUUGACUUACUUCCCGAUUCCUCCUGAUCCAAACCAACUGGUCUGCUCUCCAAAUUCUUUCCUACUCCCAACCCAUGGAGGCUCCUCAUUCAGUGUCCAUCCUGCCCUAUCUAGAUAGGCAUUUCAGUCAAAUGCUCCUUCCUUUGAACCUCACUCAGUCCUUGAUCCUUCAGCUCCCAGCCCCAUGCUUAGCUAUGGCCUCCCAAGUGUGUUACUGCUUACCCUGCACCCCACUUGCCACUUUCCUCCCAGCCCCACUGACACCUCCCCAAACCUAGAACCUUCCUCUCCUUUGAAGCCCAUCACUCCUCUCUCCCUGUCCUUAACCUUCCCAGAUUUCCAAGAUGUCCAUGGCUUUCUCAUUGGUGAUCACAGUGACAUGUUUAACCAGAAGGCUGAGCUCAACCAGAAACUGACACCGUGGUCUUCAUUUUGACCCUGGAUGACAACCUCAAGGAGGUGCAGAUGCUGGUGGAGCAGGUGAAAGAGAAGACCUCCAACAUCCAGGCCUUGGCACACAGCACUGUAGGGCAAUCCCUGCCGGAGAGGGUCCAGCCUUGAGGAGGGGACCCGGGGCAGCAGUUACAGCCAGUGCUUCCUGUAACUUCCAUCGCGGUUCCUGCUCCUCUCUCUCUCCAGACCCCUCUGAAGAAGCUCUUUCCCUCCAUCAUCAGCAUCACAUGGCCACUGCUUUUCUUCGAAUAUGAUGGGAACUUCAUCCAGCGGUUCUAGGGACAGCCCAAGUCUCGAUGCAUCGAGAGCCUCCUCCAGGCGAUCCACGUCCCUCAGCCACUGUCGGAUGAUAUUCGAGCAGCUCCCAUCUCCUUCCACGUCCAGGUUGCACAAGAGAAGGAACAGACUUCAAAGCAGCAUAAAUUGAAAAAGAUCCAGAAAUUCACAGGUCAGAAAGAUCCUAUUCUUCAGUUCAAAGCUAACGACAAAUCAACUAUGGGGUCUGUUUUAAGACACUAACCUUUAAUAGCAGGUGGAAGGAAAAAGGUUGAAACGACUAUGUAAAUGAAAGAAAUAGCCCUACUCUUUCUAGCAUCUCCACUUCCAAAGAAAUGUAAAUGGCUCCAUAAUUCUUUCCAUGCUUCCUAUCCUCAUGCUUUCCUAAUCUCUUUUUGUGCAAAGCUCAAAGUAUCAGGAAAGAAACAUGGUGAGACUGAAGAACAAAGGAGGGGUAACUACCAAGAGUUUGAUGCGGGAAGUUUUGGUACCUUUUUUCUCUAGCAUAGACACUGGAUAAUACAUAUCUUUUCCUCCAAAGAUAUGUAUUCCUCUGUUUACCCCACUCCAUCUCCCUAUCAUGAUUAUACCUGCUCUUUCCAAUGGCUUACAUCUACUACAUGCUGAAGACAGCAUCCUACAGCUUAAAAAAAACAAACAAAAUGAGAGCUAGGUUAAAUCUGAGCUCCACCACUAAUAAGCUUUAUGAUCUUAGGCAUGGCUUUGUCUUUGUUUCCUUAUUUGCAAAAUGAAGGGGUUGAACUAAGGUGAUGUCAACAGUCAUAAUGCUAAUAGAUUCUUUACCUCUACUCCCAGAUCCACAGUGGGAAGAAAAUCUCAGGAUGGGUUGCAUUGAAGCUAACCUAACAUGCUUUUCAGAUCUCCCUACGGGCUGGUCCCAGGAAUGUGUAUGCUGGUCAACGGACAGGAGUCUUCAACAGGUCGUCCAACACCUGGAAAGUGCAAGAUCAAGUCUUAUGGAAUUGGGUUUGCCUGAACCACAGGAUACGAUUUCUUCUUCCACCUCCUCUGCUUCUGUGGCUCAGGGGCCUGGUCUACCCUGUUGUGACUGUAAGAAGGCAAAACAUUCUUCUGACAGUAGCAUCUCCUCUGGAUCAUCCUACAGCUCCAGCCUGUCUCACCUUCCUGUCUUUUCUGAAGGAACAACUUGGCGACUCCGGAGCCACAGUUUACCUAUUUUACCCCCAAAUCAACCUCCUGUGUUCAGGAACCAAGGCACACCCCUGCCUUCCUUUGGGCUCUCAGAGCUUUUCCGGAAAUCAAAGCCUUUUCAGAAUUUGGCAGCUCUUUCAUCCUUAAGUCCUCAAAGCACUUUUAUCAACUCUCUUUUUGAAUCCCCAAAUCUCUACAAACAAGAAGAGAAAACAAAGGAUGAGAGAAGGAGCAAGAGUCAUUUGACAACAGAUCAUAGGCCAAGUGCUAUUUUCAAAGAGAGACCACUAUUGUCAGGGUCAGCUCCAAUCCAGCUCUCUCCUUUGGCUAGGCGGGAGUUAGAGGGACAUAUGGCUUGGAAGGUUUCUACUUUGCGGGAACAAACAGUGCCUCUGCCUGUGAGGGAAUCAUGGGCAAUGCUGAAUUAUUUAACUGAGGUACAAGGAGGAGUUCCUGAACCACAGAAACCCCAAAUCCACUUAUCUAUGCCCAUUCAUCAAAGCACUGAGCAGGAUAUCAAUAAUGAAUCCCCAGACCUUCCAGCAUUUCAGCUCCACGUGAACGUUGGAGCGGAAUCUGGAUUAAGCAGAACAGAAACAAAAAUUUCACAGACUCUUAUCCCAGGUAAGCAGUCACAACCUGGGGAUGGCCCCCAAAUCCUUGGAUCCAGGCCCUUAAUGACAUCAAUGGGCACUCCACCUCCCAAAAGUUUAGGAGUUGACAUAGCUCAAGAGGAAACAACUUUACUGCAGAAGGACCCAAAACGUGUGUUAGAGCUUAGUGUAGAGCAGAGGGUCAUAGAUCUUCCAGAAAAAAGGAUACAGCAGCAUGAGACCCAAGUGACUAAUGUGGAGCUGACCCCACAGCUACCAUAUCAAGUCAGAGAUAGCAUAAAGGUUACUCCACUGGCAUUACUUCAAGUCAUGGAUUCAAUGGGGUUAAUUCCAGAAUCACAUUCAGAAGUGAUAGAAUCUGUAGGUUUGUUACCACGGCCACCAAAUGAAGUCGUGAAACCAAUGGAAGCCACGGAAAGAGUGAGUGUAAGCCCAAACCCAUCAUAUCAAGUCAUUAAAUCAGUGGAGGUAACACCAAGAUCUCAGCAGCAAGUUAUGGAAUCAAGGAAGAUGACCUCAAGACAGCAGAAUCAAGUCAUAGUCAAUGUGAAGGUAACUCCUAUAGCAUUGCUUCAAGUCAUGGAUUCUAUGGGGAUGAUUAAAAAAUCACAUCCACCUAUCAUACAGUCAAAGGGAAUGACCCCAAGGAUGCAAUAUCAAGUCAAGGAGUCAGUGAAAAGGACCACAUUGUUGGACCAUGAAGUCAUACAACCAGGAAAGAUGAGUCCAAGGCUACAACAUGCAGUCAUGGAAACUGUGGAAAUGACCCCAGGGCCACAGCAUAAAGUUAUGGAAUCGGUGGACGUAACAUCAAGGCCACAAAGUCAAGUCAUAGAACCACUGAAGAUUACUCCAAGGCCAAUAUGUCAAAAUACAAAAUCACCUGAAAUGAUCACCAGGCCAUUGCAUCCAGUGAUGGAUUACCUUGAAGUAACUCCAGUGACACUAUUACAAGCUAUGGAUUUCAUGGGGAUAAUUCCACCAACCCAGUCACAUGUUAUAGAAUCUGGGGGUUUGACUCCAGACACACAGUCUCAAAUUGCAAAUUUGACCCCAAGGGCAACUCAAUCAGAUGGUUUGACUUCUUCUAGCUCUCCUACUACUAUUGGUCCAUGUGGAGUGGUAGAAUCUGUGGGCUUACCUCCAAAGCUACCACUUAAAAUCAUGGAAUUGGUAGGAUUGAUUCCAAUGCCAUCACAACAAUCCAUACAUUCUCUAAAGGUAACUCCAACAGCACUGGGGUCACCCAUGGGAAUGAUCAUAGCACCACAGUCACAAGUUGUAGAAACUCAGGAUUUGACCCCAAGGCUAAUAUCUCAAGCCAAGGAAUCUCUGGAGUCAACUCCUGAGUCAUGCAUUCAAGUGCUAGACUCUGAGGGGAUGACUCCACAACCACAUCAUCAAAGCAUAGAAUCUAUAUCAUUAACCCCAGGACCACCUCAUCAAGUCAUGGAGUCUUCAAGGUUGACUCCAAGGCAUCAAAUUCUGGAGUAUUCAGAGAUGAGUCCAAGGCAAAGCCAUCACAUCACAGAAACUAUGGGUUUGACAUCUGACACCUGGCUACAAAUGGAGAAAUCUGUAGAGGUGACACAGUCACACCAUCAAAUGAUGGAAUCUUUAGGGACAAUCCCAAGGUCACUGGGUCAAGGUACAGAAUCUAUGGGAAUGAGCCAAAAGCCACUGCCUCAAGUCACAGAAUCUACAGAAAUGCUACAAGAAAUGCUACAAGAUUCAUCACUGCUUCAAGAUGUGAAGUAUAUGGGGAUGAAGCCAAUGCCACAAUUUAAUGUUAUGGAUUCUAUGAAGUUAUCCCCAGGAUUGCAAAAUUUGAAAUCUGGGAAACUGAUCUUGGGACCAGAGUUGCAAAAUGCAAAAUCUAUAGACAUAACCACAGGUUCAAUUCCACAAAUGGUAAAAUAUGGACAGCUGAUCCCAACUGUGAGCUCUAUAGAAUUGGCCCCAGAACUACAACUGCAGAGUAUAAAACCUGAUGAGUUGGCCUCCACACCACAGCUGCAAAGUGAGAAAUCUGUGCAGUCAGCCCCAGGGUCUCAGCUUCAUGGUGUGAAAUCUAUCCAAUUGACCCUGGGACCACAACAACAAAAUGAAAAAUCUGCUGAGUUAGUCCCAGCACCACAGUUGCAAAGUAGGGAAUCUAUAGACUUGGUCCCCAGUUCACAGUUGCAAGGUAUGGAAUAUGUUCAUUUGGCCCUACCAUCAGAGUUUCCAGGUAUAAAUACUGUGGAAUUGACUCUAAGACCAGUACAAGAAGAUAUGAAAUCUGUGGAGUUUGCCCCAAAGCCAUGGUUACAAGAUAUAAGAUCUGAGGAGACAGCUCCAGUAUCAUUGCUUGAAGAUGUGAAAACUCCUCAAAUGGUAGAAAGUAGGAGGUUGAUUCCUGAGACACAGGUAGAAGAUAUGAAAUAUGAGGAACUGAUCCCAGGGGCACACAUUCAAGCAGUAAAAUCUGUAGAAUUGAACCUCAAACCGAAUCAUCAAGUCACAGAACCUAAAGGAUUGACCCCAUGGCAUCAAGCUUCAGAAUCUUUAAGGAUGAUCUCAGAGCCAGGAUAUCCAGAAACAGAAGCAAAGUUUACCUCUGACACUUGUCACCAUGCAAAAGAAUCUAGGGGGUUGAUACAAUCAUCUUUAGGAAAUACUCCAGGGCCACUGAGCCAAGCUUUAGAAUUUAUGCAGAUGAACUCAAUGUCAUUCCAAGGUACUCUUGAGCCAAUGUUCCAAAGUGUAAAAGCCAUGGGAGAUACUCCAGUGUCACAGCACACAAUACAAGAAUCUUUAGAGUUGGUACCAGGAUCAGAGAUGCAAGGUAUGAAAUCAAAGAUGUUGACCCCAGAGUCCCAAGGUAUGAAGUUUGUUCAUCUGAAUCUAGGACCAUAUUCAGAAGUUAUGAACUAUGAGGAGUUGAUCUUGGAACCACAAUUUCAAAAUGUGAAAUCUGUUCCAUUGACCUCAGAACCACAGUCCAAAAGUAUAAAACCUGAGGAGUUGACUCUAGGGCCAUUAAUGCAUGAUAAUAAUUUUGUGGAUUUACACGUGCCACUGGAAGAAUCUAGUAGGUUAAUUCCUGAGACACAGUUACAGCAUGUUGAAUCAAGGAAAGUGACCAUGGAACCACAUUUACAAGGAUUGAAAUCUGUGGGUCUAACUUCCAGACCAAGGCAUCAAGACACAGAGCCUGCAGAGUUAGCUGCUGAGAUCUUCCCACAAGAAGAAGAAUCUGUGAAACUGAUCCCACAGCUAGUCUUGAAAACUGCUGGGGUGGUGCCUAGGCCACAUUUUCAAAAAUUUUCAGAGAUGACUCUAGGUCAAGGCUAUCAAGAUACAGAAACUGUGAGGCUGACUUCUGAGGCUUUGCCCCAAGUAGCAUUAACACAAAAACCAAUAGGUCAAGUUAGAGAAUCUACAGGAAUGACUCCCCUAAGGCCACAUCUUCAAGUUACAGAGUCAUCAGGGAUACCCCUAAGGUCAGAAUAUGAAAACACAGAAACUGUGGGGUUGGCAACAUUUCCAGUUGAAAACAUCCAGGAGGUAAUACUAGUACUACCAUAUUCAGAAAAAGGAUCUCUGGAGUUGACUUUAGGACCAGGGAUGCAAUGUGAGAUAUCAGAGCCACUACUGCAAAAUUUGAAAUAUGUGAAGUUAACCUCUGAGUCAUCCCUAUUAGUGGUAGGAUCUAAACAGUUUAUUACAGGACCAAAACCACAUGUUAUGGAGUUGACCCCAGAGCCACAGCUCCAGGCAGUAAAGUCUAGGCAGUUGGAGCCAGAGCCAAAAUUACAAGAUGUGAAAUAUGUUAAUUUAAUUCAACAGUCAACUACUACCAGAGUGGUAGAAUCAGAGAAGCCAAUACAAGAGCCAGUGCUACAAAGCAUGAUAUCAGAGGAAUUGACUAAGGAGGCACAGCUCCAAGGGCCACAGCUGCAUAGUGUAAGAUUUUCAGAGUUAUCUCCAGAGCUGCCACUUCAAGGAGAAAGACCUAUAGAUUUAAUCUCAGGGUCUCCACAUCAUGGUGUGAAAUCUGAUGAUUUGACCCCAGGUUCCCCAGUGCAAGAAAUAAAAUUGUCAGAUUUUAUCCCAGGACCAAAACAUCAAAGUGUUGUAUCUGUACAGUUGACUGCAGAAUCACAACCUCAAAGUAUGAAAUUUAUGGAACUAAACACAGGACCAUGCUUGCAAUGUAUCAGAUUUUCUGAUUUGACCCCAGAACCAAAGCAUCAAGGUUUCCAACAUGUGCAGUUUAUACCAGGAACACAGCUUCAAGACAUAAAGUCUGUAGGAUUUGUAACAGAGUCAUCUUUGCAGUCAAGUCAAGGGCUCCCAGCUGAAAAUAUGAAAUCUGUUCUGUCUACUGAAGGAUCACAGUUUCACAGCUUGAAAUCUGUCAAACGGACCUCAAAACUACAAUUUCAAGAUGUGAAAUCUGAGGAACUGAACCUAGGGCCAAGGCAGCAAGAUGUCAAAUUUUCUGAAUUGACUUCAGGGCCAAAGCUUCAAGGUGUCAAAUCUGGGGAGCAAACCCCAGGACCACUGUUUCAUAGUGUGACUUCUGUGGAGACAACUCUAGAGUUAGGGCUUCAAGAUUCUAAAUCAGCAAAGAUGUCUCCAGGGCUUCAAGGUGUGAAACAGGUGGAGCCACGGCUACAAGAUGUCAAAUUUUGUGAACUGAGAUCAGGAACUCAAACUCAAGGUGUGAAAUCUUCAGAGUUAAACUCAGGGCAACAACAACAAUAUGUGAAGUUUUUUGAGUUCACUCCAGAGCCAAAGAUGCAAGGAGUAAAAUCUAUGAAGUUGACCCCAGGACCUGAGCAGCAAGGCGUUAAGCCUGAGAUGUUAGUACCAGAGCCACUGUUUCAAGGUGUAAAAUGUGUGGCAGUAGACCAAAUGUCAAGCUUUGAAGGUGACACUUCAUAUAAAUUAGUCUCAGAGCCACAGAUACCAGAUGCAAAAUCUAUGGAGUUGACUCCUAGACCGCAGUUGCCAAGUGAAAUCUAUUCUGAGUUGACCAGAAGACCAUGGUUACAAGUUGUGAAAUCUUCUGAAUUGAUCCAAAGACCACAGUUGCAAGAUGUAAAACCUGUAGAGUGGACCCCAAUCUCAAAGCUUCAAGGUUUACAGUCUGAGGCGCUAACGCCAGAGCCACAGCUGGAAGAUACGAAAUCUGUGGAGUUAACACCAGGGCCACAUUUGGGAAGUAUGAAAUCUAUGCAGUUAACAUCAAAGCCACAACUGGGAAAUGUCAAAUCUACAGUGUUGACCCUUGGGCCACAGGUGCGAGAUGUGAAACCGGUAGAGAUGACCCCAGGCUCAAAACUUCAUGAUUUGAAAACUGAGUUGUUAAUCUCAGAGUCAGAGUUGAAAGAUCUGAACUCUGUGGCCUUAACUCCAGGACAAUGUCCAAGAGGUAUGAAAUCUACGUUGCUAACCCCAAGUCCACAGCUGGAAGUUAAGAAAUCUGUGGAGAUAACAUCAGGGCCACAGAUAGAAGAUGUCAAAUUUUGUGAACUGACAUCAGGAACUCAAACUCAAGGUGUGAAAUCUUCAGAGUUAAACUCAGGGCAACAACAACAAUAUGUGAAUUUUUUUGAGUUCACUCCAGAGCCAAAGAUGCAAGGAGUAAAAUCUAUGAAGUUGACCCCAAAUCUUGAGUCACAAUCUCAAGGUGUCAAAUCUGUAAAGUUGAAAUCUUCAAUACAGUUAAGAGAUGUGAAGUCAUCUGAAUUGCCUCUGGGGCCAAAAAUUCAAGGUGCAACAUAUAUGAAUUUCAACCUUGGGCCACAGUUGCAGAGUGUGGAAACUCCUGAGUUAUCCCCAGGACCACAGCUGCAAGAAGGAAAAUUUUUGGCAUCAACCUCAGAGCCACAGCUUCAAGGUAGGAAAACUGUGGAGUUACACAAAAAGCCACAGCUUGAAAGUAUGCGAGCUGUUCAGUGGAUGCCUGCACUGGUGUUUCAAGGUGUGAAAUCUCUGCUAAAUCUUGGGUUGCAAUCUCAAUGUGUCAAACCAGCAGAGUUGAAACCUUUGAUACAAUUAAGAGAUAAGAAGCCAUCGGUAUUGACUCCAAGGCCAAAGCUCCAAGGUAUACAAUCUCUGGCAUCACUCCAAGAACCUCAGCCUCAAGGUCUCAAUUUGAAACCUUGUCUACAGUUUAGAAGUAAGAAAUCAUGUGACCUGACUUCCAAGUCAGAGCUCUGUGAUGUAAAACCCAUGAUGUUCAAAUCUAGGCCUCACUUGCAUGAUGGAAAAUCUCCUAAGUUGAUCCCAGGACCAUGGUUUCAAGAAGUGAAACCAUUACCGUCAUCCCCAGGAACACAGCUUCAAGGUGUGAAGUCUGUAUUGCUUACACAAGAGCCACAGUUUCCUGAGGUGAAAUCUGGGGUAUUAAACCAAGAGUCACAAUUACAAAGUGAUGAAACUAUAGAGUUGAACUCCCUACUACACUUGAAAAGUAUGAAGUCAUCUGAGUUGACUCUUCAGACAGAGCUUCAAGGUGUGAAAUCUGAGGAUUUCAACAGUGGGCCACAGUGGCAAGGCCCAAAAUCUUCUAAGUCACCACUUGAGACAAAGUCCCAAGAUAAGAAAUUUACUGAGUUAAUCUCUGACUCACAGUUGCAAGGUACAACAUUUUCUAAAUUGACUGUGGGGAAAAAGAUUCAAGGUGUCAAAUCUACAGAUUUCAACCCUGGGUCAUUGUUACAAGGUGUGAAAUAUUCUGGAUGGACCUCAAAGAUAAAGCUUCAAGAUGUAAAACAUAAAGAAUUCAGCCCCAGUCCUCAGUUGCAAGUUCUGAAAUCUUCUGAGCUGAUUCUGGGAUCAAAGCUUCAGAAUGUGAAAUUCGUGUUCAACUGUGAGCCACAAUUGCAAAGAGUGAAAUCUUCUAAAUUAAUCUCAGACUCAAAGUUUCAAGAUGUUGAAUCUGUGAAGUCCAAAUCUGGGCCACCAUUGCAAGGUGUGAAAUCUUCUGAGUUGAUACUGGGGACAAAGCUUCAAAAAGUGAAAUCAGUGGAAUUCAAGUCGAGUCCACAGUUGGAAGGUAUGAAAUCUUCCAAAUUAAUCACAGGUAUAAAGCUUCAAGAUGUAAAAUCUAUGGAAUUCAACCCUGAGGCAAAAUUGCAAGGUGCAAAAUCUUCUGAACAAAAAAAAAAAAAAAAAAAAUCUUCUGAACAUAUAAAGCUUCAACUAAUGAACUCUACUGAGGUCAACCCUGGUCUAGAAUUCAAGGUUGCAAAACCCUCUGAGUUGGCCUUGGAAUCAAAGAUUCAUAGCGGAAUAUUGUCUGAGAUCAGUGGUAGAAAGCAGUGGCAAGAUGAGAAAUCUUAUAAGUUGAAUCCAUGGCCAGAACUUCAAAGUGUAAAAGUCAUGGUGUUCAAUCCUGGGACACAUUCGCAACAUAUAAAAUCUUCAGAAUUAUGUAAAGGGACAAAGCUUCAAGAUGUGAAAUCUUUGGAAUUCAAUCCUGACCAACAGUUGCAAGAUGUGAACUCUUCUGAUUUUUGUCUGGGAACAAGGCUUCACGGUAUUCAAUAUUUUGAGUUCAAUCCUCAACCACAGUUGCAAGAGGUAAAACCUGAGUUGAGCACAGAAAUGAAGCUUCCAGAUGAGCAGUUUCUGGAAUUCAAGCAUAAGCCUAAAUUACAAGGUGGGAAAUGCUCUGAACAGAAUCCAGGGCCACAGCUUCAGUGUGUAAAUUAUAUGCCAGUCAACACUGGGUCACAGGUGCAAGGUAUAAAGUCCUCUGGGUUGAAUCCUAGUCCACAGCUUCAAGGUAGAAAAUCUAAGGUGCUCUGCAUUGGGCCUAAUUUGCAAGGUGUGAAUUCUUCUGCAUUCAUUUCAGAACCAAAACUUCAAUGUGUAAUUUCUACUGGAUGCAACCCCGGGCCACAUUUGCAAGGCACAAACACUUCUGAAUUAACUUCCAUUUCUAAACUUCAAGGUAUGAAUUCUUCUAAGUUAAAUUCUGAGAUCCCAGGAGUGGAUGUCAUAUCUAAUGAAAGGAUUAAGAGGAAACAGGUGGAGGAGUCAGGGAGCUCACUCCGGAGCCUUUCCCACCAUCCACCACAAAACUGGAGAUCACUAUCUAGGAUCUUCCAGGCAGGAUCAGGGGCUCGAAGAGGCCUUACCUGGCCUGUCCUGGGCAGGCGACAGAAUGUCUGGGAAAGUCACUCCUGGAGGCAGCGACUACCUCGAAAAUACCUCUCCAGUAUGCUAACGCUGGGCAAUGUCUUGGGGACCAGCAUGGAAAGGAAGCUUUAUUCUCAAACAUCUUUAACAGAAAGAGCCACUGCAGAUACCUGUCAAUCUAUUCAGAAUUUAUUUGGGGUUCCAGUUGAAUUGAUGGCAUUUUCCCAGAGUCUGCUUGAGAAGGGUCAAGGUACUAUUUCUCAGCCUUCAGUUGUCAAAAACUACAUUCAGAGACAUACUUCAUGCCAUGGUCAUGAGAAGAGAAUGGCCUUAAGGAUGUGGACACGUGUCUCCAUGUCCUCCAUAAUACAGCACUACUCUGGCACUAGAGUGAGAAUAAAGAAAACAAACUCAAAGCCCUGUGAUAUAUCCCAGGAAGUCACUCAGCACAUGCCUGUUUCAUGUACAGGGAGUCAGCUUUCUGCCCCAGCAAAGUCAGAGUCUUCCUUCAACGUAUUUUUUGCUAGGAGAGAUUCUGUUCCAGUGGAAGAGAGUAAGAACUCACAGAGUGAUUCACAGACAAGGAUUUUUGAGUCCCAACACUCCCUCAAGCCAAGUUAUCUUCCCCAGGCCAAGUCUGACUUCUCCGAACAGUUCCAGCUUCUACAAGAUCUGCAGCUAAAAAUAGCAGCAAAACUGUUAAGGAGUCAAAUACCCCCCAACGUACGUCCACCUUUAGCUUCAGGUCUGGUUCUAAAAUACCCUAUCUGCCUACAGUGUGGCCGAUGUUCAGGAUUUAAUUGCUGUCAUAAAUUACAGGCCACUUUUGGAACUUAUCUUCUUAUCUAUCCACAGCUUCACCUUGUAAGCACUCCUGAAGGCCGUGGAGAGAUCAGGUUGCGUCUUGGCUUUAGGUUGCAAACUAGGAAAAGACCCCAAGUCCCAGAGUUUCAUAGAAGAGGUAGACGCAUCACACCAAGGAGCCUUAGAUCAACAUCACUAAGGAAAGCUAAAGGCUAUACUCAAGCUUCCAAGAGUCCUACUUCUACAAUAGAUUUCCUGUCUGGGUCUUCCCAGUGUCCUGCUCCUAUACAAGUCCACAUCAGGCGAAGGCAAGGCAGCAGCCCUGGCCUAGUAGAAAAGACAGAAAUUAGAGAGGCUGGACACUAUGGAUUCACUGAAGUUCACUGUUUAUCAGAGAGUGACUCUGGAAGCAAUCAGGAUGAAAAGUGGGCUAAAGUGAGAACAAAAAGGACCCAUGAUUCAAAACAUCCAAUGAAAAGAAUCCCCAGGGAAGUCAGAACACAAAACACAAAGUUCUACACAAAUAGUACAGCCAUAAUACAGAGGUUCUCUAAGGAAUUACCAAGCCAGUUAAGAAGGAAGAGGAGUGGAGUGUCUCAGACAACUACCGCCUCUUCAAAAAGACAACCUAAGAAAUCUUCCCCACCACAAUUCAUUCAACUCCUUUUUCGGGGCCUAAAGCAGGCAUUCCAAACAGCACACAUGGCUUUGGUUUGUGUUUAGUUUCUUAGGACAGGGCCGAAAGUAAGCUCAUCACACGAGAUGAAUUGUGCCAAAGCACAGCAGUAGAGGGCUGCCGCUCGCUCAGGCAAAACAGCGCCAUCUGUCCUGCUGUGGUAACUUUCAUUAAAGUAUUAUCUAGAUUUACA